AUGGCUGAUAUGGCGCCCACGUCGUCGCGCAAGUCCAAGACAACCUGUAUGCAAUGUCGUGCGAGAAAGCGGACACACCGGACGCCGCACGCCUCAAACUUGCCGUCGCCGAGUACCUCGCAAAGAUCCGAACCUCAGCAACAACUCCUGUCUCCGUCAGGGCAACCAGCGGCGGAGUUGGAGCAGAGUCUGCUGUCCAGCGACGGCGCUUUGCCUGGCCGAGACGAAGUCACCUCGCUCAUUGAGGCUUAUUUCGAGCACAUCUACGCGCUGCCGUGGUAUGCAUUUCUGCAUGAACGCUCGGUGAUGCAAAGGUAUCGCGAAGGUAAGAUCGAGGAAUGCCUGACGCUUGCUAUCUGCGCCGUCACCGUCCAACGCCUGCACAUUGAGCCCUACGCUCGCGGGCUGAGUGCCAAGUGGGCCCAGAAGUCCGAGGACAUCCUGCUACAGUACCUGGAGAGCCCCUCGACUUCUCGACUUCAGGCCCUCAUCUUGAUAGUGCGGUACAGGGUCGAGGUGGGCCACUUCUCGCGGGCCUUCAUGCUGGCUGCCCUUGCUGGCAGAUCGGCCGUGGCGCUUCGACUGAAUUACGAACGUCCUGAGUUGCGCUUCUUGGCGCAAGAAGUCCGCCGUCGGUUGAUGUGGUCAUGUUUUGCCCUGGAUGGGAAUUUCUCUGUCGGUCUCCGCGAGUUCGAGACGUGCCCACCAGAGCACGUCUAUCUUCAACUUCCGUGUCCAGAAACAGCCUUUGAGGAAGAUGCCCCGGUAGCGACGGCACCUCUUCGAGCAACCUCUUUUGACAAGCCUGAGCGCAUGGGGACGUAUGCUGCAUGUAUCCGGCUAGCGGCCAUAAGGACAGACAUUAUGAGGUUGACACGCCGGCUGGCUGCUUCCUUCGUCCCACCCGACGAGCUCAUGCAUAUUGUGCGACGAUUUGAAGACGAAUUACAACAUCUCUACCGCAGCCUUGCCGACUCUGACCGAUACAAUCCCAAGAUUUUCUCCUACUGCGCACGGCCAGCCCGUAUUCUGAUGGUGCACGAGUGCUGGCAUCAAGCCUACACCGACCUUUACCGCAUAUUCCUGACUGGCUAUAGAGAAGCUGCACCUCCCUCGGCGAUGGAAGGUAUCCCUCGCGAAGAGAUUCUCCGGAGACGCACACUAUGCCUGAACCAUGCCCUCUCAAUUGUUCAAAUCUUUGCAGCCUUCUCGGAGCAGUGCAAUGUCCAGACUAUCGACUUCGACACAGCCAUCUGCGCAUAUCACAGCGCCCGGAUCAUCCUUUUCAACGCCCAGACGGAUGUUGUGACACAAAGUCUGAGCAUGCCCGCCGCCUUGGAAAAGGCCGCCUUCUGCCAAUCGAUCAUGAAUCGCUACUUUCGUGAUUCUCCUGUGGUGGAGCCGAUGAAGAGGGAACUCGAGCUGCUUAUCGCGCGACACUCAUCUGAAAGCAGCGCCAACCCCGGCAUACAAGUGCCUCCGCCCGAAGAGGUUCUGGAAGGCCACCUGUCGAGGCUCGCGGACGAGGCUCGAACUCGACAGAGACUUGCCAUUCACAGUUUGAUCGGCAGAGCAGAUUUUGUAGAUGACAGCAACGAGGUUACAAGUCCCGCACCACCGGGCGAGUAUCCGUCGGCGACUGUCAACGCCGGGGCAAGACCGCAACGGCAGCGGUCGAUACGAAACAAUCCCAACGUCAAGGUCGCGCCCCAAGUUCUUCGUUCUCACAGCCUGCUGGGAGCCGCUCAUGCCGCGCAGCCCAAACAAGCCAACCAAGGCGUUGAGCCUGUGAUUAACGAGCCGACGAAUUAUGCACAGGAAGACCAGAAUCAGUGGCUCGAUGGUAUGCGAUUGGCCUUUAACCCAUGGAUGGGUUGGCCCGAAACUCUGGAAACAUAUGGAUUCACCCAAGACCUUGAUGAUGACUAUUUCUGA